UCAAAGUGAAUAUCAACCUGUAACAGCAACAUAUUAAACUAUGUUAUCGCCUCUUCGGAGGACGCAUUUAAUGCUUCUCUACAGGUAAUUUGAAAUAAAUAUAAAAAAAAUGGAUAUGUUGACUAAAUAAUAUUUCAUUUUCUGUUAUUCAAAAUACUCAAUGGAACUACUAUCACUCCUUUUCUUCUUGUUCUUUUUCUUAAUCUACCCUCAAUUUGGAUUAUGCGACAACCCUCUCUUUUCUACCCCGUCAUUUAUUUUCUAUCCUUACGAUAUUUUAUUUCCUAUUUUUGCGACAUCUUAUUCUUUGAAUUCCAUCAUUUUUUACUGGUUUUUUCCGUUCGCUUGGCGGGUGGCAGGAUUUUUUUAACGUGCAAAUAAAAAAAGUUG